CUUCGACGUUCCCGUCCGCCGCGGGAGUGAACGGGGAUACCUGAUUUCUCUGCUCCUACCCUUCUCAGCUCUUUUUUUUUUUUUCUUUGCACUCGCAAGAAAAAAAAUCCCGCCGCUUUCUUUCCCAACUACCCGCUUCGCUUCUUCGCGUCAGGAAAAUAAUCUCAACCGAGAGGUUGUUCGCCAGCUCUCGUACACCAGGCUGGACCUUUCUGCUUCACCUUCUCCGUUGUCCGAAGAUUUCUACGUCACCUCCAGCACUGACAGGCUAGUUUCAGUCAGUGUCAUUGGUCGUCGUCGCUUCAUCCCGUCGCAUCGGACCUCUUUCUUCUUUGACACGAGUGUCGCGUGAAGUCCAGGAACGACCUACAACAGUCGCCCACCCUCUCUCUCCGCUAUAUAGACUUUUUGUUUGGAGUGGCCUCGAAAUUUCUCAAUUAUCUUUCAACCUUAUAUUUUCAUUUGAUCCGUCAUGUCGGAACAACCUCGCUCAAUGGAGUCCCGUGUGGGACGCAAAAAUCAACGGUACGGUCCGAAAGGCGAACGACUAGUCGCCGGUGUCGUGCCGUUGUCUGCGGACAAGACCCUGGUCUUGAUGAUUCAGUCCGCAGGCCGCGGCGGUUGGGUGCUCCCCAAAGGCGGGUGGGAGACGGACGAGAACUGCGCCCAACAAGCCGCCUGCAGAGAGGCCUGGGAGGAGGCCGGAGUAAUAUGUACGGUGCAUAAAGAUCUGGGGCAAAUACCCGACAUGCGCCCCUCGUCUUCAUUGUCGACCCAAGCCCCCAAGGCCUCCUACCAAUUCUUCGAGGUUACCGUGGAGCGUGAAGAGGAACAGUGGCCUGAGAUGCACAAGCGGAAACGGCAAUGGGUUACCUACAAGCAGGCUGCCGAUGCUUUGGCUAGCAGACCUGAGCUCCUGGAAGCGCUCAAUCGCAGCUCCAUGCGGAGGUAGCGAUGGUUUUUUUCCCCCGCCCUGCAAGGAAGCCUCGAGCUUUCAUGACGACUUGAAUGAUCUAGCCAAGGAAAAGCUGUUUUCUGAUUUACUUGCAUCGAUUGGCUUGAAAUUCCUACCGCCCGUUGGCUGUAAUGCUUUGGGUUUUUUAUAAUCUUACUUUUUUUUUCCUUUCCUUUCUGGACACGAUUGGGUGGCAGCCGCUGGCUUUUGCGCAUGACUUGCGAACACACAAUAUGCUGAGAGGCGCGAAUAUGGUCUUUCUUGUCAUUCCAUCCGUCCUUGAUAUUACUUUCACUCUUAUAGAUUUCACGAGCAAGCGCCAGUAUAGAUUGUUAGAGGAGUACGGCUGUGUUGCCGACGGAUGGAGCAGAAAAAGUGACUGUCCUCGAGACAUGACUUGGGAUGGGAUCCUUUGCUUGGAGUUGGCUUUCAUUUUUGGAUACCAAUAGCAUCUUGCUCGUGUUUGAGUCUUGUGCUCAG